AUGGGUCCCGGGCCCCGCCGAGCCGCCCGGGCCCCGCGCCCGGUGCUCUGUGCGCUCGCCCUGAUGGUGGCCGCCGGCGGCCGCGUCGCCUCUGCCUUCAACCUGGACACCCGAUUCCUGGUGGUGAAGGAGGCCGGGAACCCAGGCAGCCUCUUUGGCUACUCGGUCGCCCUCCAUCGGCAGACAGAGCGGCAGCAACGCUACCUGCUCCUGGCUGGGGCCCCCCAGGACCUUGCCGUACCCGAUGGCUAUACCAACCGCACUGGAGCUGUGUACCUGUGCCCACUUACUGCCAAUAAGGAUGACUGUGAACGGAUGGACAUUGUGGAGAAAAGUAAUCCUGGCCAUCACAUUAUUGAGGACAUGUGGCUUGGGGUGACUGUGGCCAGCCAGGGACCUGCAGGCAGAGUCCUGGUCUGUGCCCACCGCUAUACCCAGGUGCUAUGGUCAGGGUCAGAGGACCAGCGGCGCAUGGUGGGCAAGUGCUACGUGCGGGGCAACGACCUGCAGCUGGACCACACGGAUGACUGGCAGACCUACCACAACGAGAUGUGCAACAGCAACACCGACUACCUGGAGACCGGCAUGUGCCAGCUGGGCACCAGUGGGGGCUUCACCCAGAACACUGUGUACUUUGGUGCCCCUGGUGCCUACAAUUGGAAAGGAAACAACUACAUGAUUCAGCGGAAGGACUGGGAUUUAUCCGAGUACAGCUACAAGGCCGCAGAGGACAAAGGAAACCUCUAUAUUGGGUACACAGUGCAGGUGGGCAGUGCCAUCCUGCACCCCACGGACAUCACUAUUGUGACGGGUGCCCCACGGCACCGACACAUGGGCGCUGUCUACUUGCUGAGCCAGGAGGCAGGUGGAGACCUGCGGAGGAGGCAGGUGCUGGAGGGCACGCAGGUGGGCGCCUAUUUUGGCAGCGCCAUUGCCCUGGCAGACCUGAACAAUGAUGGGUGGCAGGAUCUCCUGGUGGGUGCCCCCUACUACUUUGAGCGGAAAGAGGAGGUAGGGGGUGCUGUCUAUGUCUACAUGAACCAGGCAGGCACCUCCUUCCCUGCCCAGCCGUCUCUCCUCCUGCAUGGCUCCAGUCGCUCUGCCUUUGGCUUCUCUGUGGCCAGCAUUGGUGACAUCAACCAGGAUGGAUUUCAGGACAUUGCUGUGGGAGCCCCGUUUGAGGGCUUGGGCAAAGUGUACAUCUACCACAGCAGCUCCAGGGGGCUCCUCAGAGAGGCCCAGCAGGUAAUCCAUGGAGAGAAGCUGGGGCUGCCUGGCUUGGCCACCUUUGGCUACUCCCUGAGUGGGAAGAUGGAUGUGGAUGACAACUUCUACCCGGACCUGCUGGUGGGAAGCCUGUCAGACCGCAUCGUGCUGCUGCGGGCUCGGCCUGUCAUCAACAUCCUGCACAGGACCUUGACGGCCAGGCCAUCUGUGCUGGACCCUGCGCUCUGCACGGCCACCUCCUGUGUGCAGGUGGAGCUAUGCUUUGCUUACAACCAGAGUGCUGGGAACCCCAACUACAGACGAAACAUCACCCUGGCCUACACACUGGAGGCUGACCGGGACCGCCGCCCACCCCGGCUUCGCUUUGCGCGCAGCCAGUCAGCUGUCUUCCACGGCUUCUUCUCCAUGCCCGAGACGCGCUGCCAGAGGCUGGAGCUGCUCCUGAUGGACAACGUCCGCGAUAAACUUCGCCCCAUCGUCAUCUUCAUGAACUACUCUUUACCUUUGCGGAUGCCCGAGCGCCCCCGGCUGGGACUGAAGUCCCUGGACGCCUACCCGGUCCUCAACCAGGCACAGGUGCUGGAAAACCACACCGAGAUCCAGUUCCAGAAGGAGUGCGGGCCGGACAACCAGUGCGACAGCAACCUGGAGAUGCGCGCCGCUUUCGCCUCGGAGCAGGGGCAGCUGCUGAGAAGGCUCCAGUACGGCAGAGACGUCAAGAAACUGCUCCUGAGCAUCAAUGUCACGAACAUCCCCAGCCCGCAGAGGGCAGGGGAAGACGCCCACGAGGCUCUGCUCACCCUGGAGGUGCCUCCCGCCCUGCUGCUGUCGUCAGUGCGCCCUUCUGGAGCCUGCCAGGCAAACGAGACCAUCCUUUGUGAGCUGGGAAACCCCUUCAAAAGGAACCAGAGGAUGGAGCUGCUCAUCACCUUCGAGGUCAUUGGGGUGACCCUGCACACAAGGGAACUCCAGACACAGCUGCAGCUCUCCACGUCAAGUCACCAGGACAACCUGCAGCCCCUGAACUUGACUCUGCUGGUGGAUUACACACUCCAGGCGACACUCAGCAUGGUGACUCAGCGGCUACAAAGCUUCUUUGGGGGCACAGUGAUGGGUGAGUCUGGCAUGAAAACUGUGGAGGAUGUGGGGAGCCCUCUCAAGUUUGAGUUCCAGGUGGACCCAAUGGGCGAAGGACUGGCGGCUCUGGGGACCCUGGUGCUAGGGUUUAAGUGGCCCUAUGAAGUCAUCAAUGGCAAGUGGCUGCUGUAUCCUACGGAGAUCACCAUCCGUGGCAAUGGGUCCUGGGCCUGCCAGCCACCUGGAGACCUUAUCAACCCUCUCAACCUCACUCUCUCUGUCCCUGGAGAUAAGCCUCCAUCUUUAAAGCGCAGGCGGCGACAUCUGGACUCAGGGGGAGAUCAGGGCACCCCACCUGUCACUCUGGCUGUUGCCAAAAAAGCCAAGUCUCAAACCACACUGUCCUGUGAGAAUAACAAGACGCGCUGCGUGUGGCUGGAGUGCCCCAUUCCCGAUGCCACCGUCAUCACCAGUGUGACAGUGCGGGCCCGGGUGUGGAACAGCACCUUCAUUGAGGAUUAUAGAGACUUUGACAGAGUUUCUGUAGCUGGCAACGCUACCCUGUUCCUCCGAACCAACAUCCCCACCAUCAACAUGAAGAACAAGUCUAUGUGGUUCUCCGUGGACAUUGACUCUGAGCUGGUGGAGGAACUGCCAGCGGAGAUGGAGCUGUGGCUGGUGCUUGUGGCCGUGAGUGCCGGGCUGCUCUUGUUGGGGCUAAUCAUCAUCUUGCUGUGGAAGUGCGGCUUCUUCAAGCGAGCCCGCACUCGCGCCCUGUAUGAAGCCAAGAGGCAGAAGGCGGAGAUGAAGAGCCAGCCGUCAGAGACAGAGAGGCUGACUGAUGACUACUGAGGGGGGCAACCCCCGCCCCCGGCCCA